GGCACUCACCGGAGCGAGAGCUGCGUCGCGUUCCUGGUGCAGCGCGCCGACCUCGCCAAGCGCUCCUACUGCCGCGUCGUCGCCUCCAACACGACGCACUUGGGGGCGCGCCUGCGGUUCGACCCGACGCUGCCCAACCCGGCCGGCAUCCAGGCCUUCCUCACCGACAUGUACCGGCGGAGCGGCAUCGACCCGCGUCGCGUCGCCUACGUCGAGGGCGACGGCGUCGGCCUCCCCCUCCAGGACACGUUCGAGCUAGACGCGCUGGACGCCGUCCUCGGCAAGCACCGGUCCCGGGCCGACCCGUUGCUCGUCGGCUGCGUCAAGAGCAACACCGGGCACACCGAGGUGGCCUCGGGCAUGGUGGGCAUCGCCAAGUGCGUCGUGGCCAUGGAGCACGGCGUCAUCCCCGCCACCAUCAACCAUGCCACGGACCUCCCCUGCCGCGCCCUGGCUGAGGGCCGCAUGAAGCUGGUGACCGCCAACACCCCGUUCAAGUUCGACCGCCAGACGUACCUCGCCGUCAGCAGCCACUCGAUGACCGGCAUGUUCGGCCACACCAUCCUGAGCCCCCACGCCAAGCCCAAGCGCGCGGUGAACGCGGCCGCGGACCUGCCCCGCCUGGUACUCGUCUCGGCGCGCAGCGAGGCCGCGGCCCGCCUCGUCGCGGAGAAGAUCAAGUCGUACAGCUACGACCCCGAGUACCUGCGCCUGGUGCAGGACGUGUUCGGACCCACCAUCCGAGGCUACGAGUACCGCAGCUUCGUCAUCUGCCCGCCGGAGGCCAGGGACGCCGUCAAAGUGGGG